AUUGAAGCCUCACAGAGAUACAGGAGAGGCAGGGCAGGCACUCGCCGAAAAGUACAUUGGGAGUUAAUUGCAGUUCAAAUAAAAAAUGUCGGGAUUGCGCAGUACCAUGCCGCGGAAGCUCCAGAAAUUUGGCCAAACUCAUACCCUCGUGGGUUUGUACUUUGAAACCCCGCCUCUGUGUCUUCCAUUAUUAUUAUUAGCCCAGUCUGACAGAACGUCCGAGCAGCAGCAGUACCUGUGUGAGCCACCCUUUGAGCGUAUGCGCGUCACCACGUCUCCGCCCACAGCAGAAACUGUUGCCUGGCAACCAUUAGCAACAUCAAUGGAGCGGGCGGAGGACGCUUGUCCAAUCCGCUUGCACUGUCGGAAAACGCCGCCCGUGACGUGACCGCAGGAGUUUAGAGAGUCCAUAGUUUGCGGCGUAACCGAGGUGGUUUAUGGCAGUGAGUGUUGAUUGGUUGCUGGCGCUGAGGGGGUUCUGUCUGCUUCCCGUUAACGCGGUGGGUUAUGGGUCAGGCCCCGGGAAGUACGGACCGGUGUGUGGCGCUGGGCAGCGGUGUGCCCCACGGGUGAGUGUGAUUUCUACCUUACCAAGGCGCCCCAGUACCUCUCCCUACUUCCCCACACGCCGGGCACUCCCUGCCUGCUGCUGCAGUGGUUUCUCCCGCACUCUGUGCUGCCUGUUACUUCUUCCCAAGCUGUAGUAGUGUUCAUUCACUUGCCAGCCAGUCCCACUUCCUGUAAGGUUGGCAUUUCUGGGAAUUAAAAAAUUGAAAGGAAAAAUCAAAGAAAUGGCACCUCCGCUUUACAUAAGAAAAUCUGUUUGCUGGUAAUCGCUGCUCAUCUGCUUCUGUUAUAGAAGGCGAAGGCAUUUUCUUGAGACAUGAAGUGCCUUUUUGUAAUGAAGGAAGCUCCUGUACGGAUCACAAAAGAAUUGUGAAAAUUCCUAGCAAGGUGGUAUCUAUGGUAGGAAUGUAUGGUGAGGUAUAGAAGAGUAGAAGAAUGUUGCACCAUCACUGCCGCAGGAAUCCUGAGUUACAGGAGGAGCUGCGUAUCCAGGCUGCUGUUGCUGCAGGAGAUGUACAUACUGUACGCACAAUGCUGGAGCAGGGAUACUCCCCUAAUGGACGCGAUGCCAACGGCUGGACGUUACUACACUUCUCUGCUGCUCGGGGUAAAGAGAGAUGCGUACGGGUGUUCUUAGAGCAUGGAGCGGACCCCACAGUGAAAGAUUUGAUUGGUGGUUUCACAGCACUGCAUUAUGCCGCUAUGCACGGACGAGCGCGGAUAGCCCGCCUCAUGCUUGAAUCGGAGUACCGCAGUGAUAUAAUAAACGCUAAGAGCAAUGAUGGUUGGACGCCGUUGCACGUGGCCGCUCACUACGGCAGGGACUCUUUUGUUAAGCUGCUACUUGAGUUCAAAGCUGAGGUUGAUCCCCUGAGCGACAAAGGCACAACUCCUCUUCAACUUGCCAUAAUCCGGGAACGUUCAAGCUGUGUCAAGAUUCUCCUGGACCACAAUGCCAAUAUUGAUAUCCAAAACGGGUUCCUGCUGCGCUAUGCCGUUAUUAAAAGCAAUCACUCAUACUGCCGUAUGUUCCUGCAGAGGGGUGCCGACACAAACUUAGGCAGACUGGAAGAUGGGCAGACCCCCCUCCAUCUGUCAGCCCUGAGAGAUGAUGUUCUCUGUGCCAGAAUGUUAUACAAUUAUGGUGCAGACAUGACCACUAGAAAUUACGAAGGCCAGACCCCACUGGCUGUAUCAUUAAACAUCUCUGGAGCUAGCCGGCCUUGCUUGGAUUUCCUACAGGAAGUAAGAAGGCAGCCGCGAUAUCUGCAGGAUUUAUGCCGGAUUAAAAUUCGCCACUGUAUAGGACUGCAGAAUCUCCAGCUGCUGGACGAGCUACCAAUCGCCAGGGUUAUAAAAGACUACUUAAAACACAAAUUCGAUGAUAUCUGAGCGCAGCUUUCACGGCUGAAGCACGUUGGACUCGUUGUGGUUGUGUUAUACCAGAAGUGGGGGGUGGGGGGGAGAGGCGUCUUGCACAAAGUAUAUCCUAUGCAAUUUCUGAUAUGGGAGUCAGAAGGCAGAUAUACACAUUUUAUUUUAAUAUCAUUUUUUUUUUCCUUUUUUUUAAAUUUUGUGUGCUAGUAAAGUCUUAAGAAUUUGGGGCUAGUUUUUGGUCCAGGUUUAGCGGUCCAUUUAUUCAGUAUCCUGCAGAAUAUAUCUCUUUUUGUGGGUAAUACUCACUGUGGCCCAAUAAGUUCCGAUCCAAAGGCUGUAGAUUGUACAAGUGUAAUGAUCACACGUCAGCCCUUGGGGCAAAUUAAACAGGUUGACUCAAUGCAGGGGACAUUUGGUUUCCCACAAACCCCUUUUUUUAAUGAGAUAUAAGCAGCAGAACAGAUCAAUUUCUGGAACCAAGGAACUUGGUUACAUCUUUUUCUGCCCCCCUUCAGCUUUUGGUCCCAGCAUUAUGUUUGCAGUUCAACAUAAUUUUAUGUUUCAUCCUCCUGUGUCUCCUUUUUCUUUCAAUUGUAUGGUGCUAUGGUGUCUUAUUUAUAAACAUAAAUAAUAAAAGUCACACUUUGAGAUAA